AUGGUCGAAGUUCUUAUUUCACAUGGUGCGGAUAUCAAUGAAAAAGAUGGAUUCGGAAGAACCCCACUUUAUAUUGCGGCAGAUAAAAAUAGUAAAGAAAUAGUCGAUGUUCUUAUUUCACAUGGUGCGUAUAUCAAUGAAAAAAAUAUCGAUGGAAUAACUGCACUUCAACUUGCAACAUUGAAUAAUAAUAAAGAAAUAAUUGAAGCUCUUAUUUCACAUGGUGCGAGUAUCGAUGGAAAAGAUCUAUUUGGAAGAACUCCACUUCAUAUUGCAGCAAUGAAUAAUAGAAAAGAAGCAGCCGAAAUUCUUAUUUCACAUGGUGCGAAUAUCAAUGAAAAAACUGAUAAUGGAGAAACCGCACUUUAUUAUGCAUCACAAUAUGAUGAUAAAGAAACUGCAAAAGUUCUCAUUUCACAUGGUGCGAAAGAAUAA